UUCAACGCGGCCCCGCCCUGGAUGAAUAUUCAAUGAUAUGCAGAUGAAGUGGCGGAGGGUGACUCGGCUGGCGCUGCUGGGCUGGACACUCUACUUUACCUCAGGGUCUAUGGCUGAGCGCCGGGUAACAGCCGCCGAGCUCCGGGACAGGUGCUCCGCGGGCGCCUGCUGGCUCCUCCGGGGUAGCAGCGUCUACGAUGUGUCCAGCUUCGUUAAGUUUCAUCCCGGUGGGGAGCAGCUGCUGCAGGACCGAGCUGGCACUGACAUCCAGCGGGACCUAGACGGACCUCCGCACCGGCACUCGGACAAUGCGCUCCGCUGGUUAGAACAGUAUUAUGUGGGGGAGAUGGAGCCGGAGGAGCCCGCACAGCAGCACUUAAGAGAGCGAGGGAAUCACUACACAAAGAAGUCUCCUCACUAUUCAGAUGGAAUUCAGUUUAAAACUUUUAACCCAGAAAAGGACUUGGUAGACUGGCAAAAACCUCUGCUCUGGCAGGUUGGUCACUUGCGGGAAAAAUAUGAUGAAUGGGUUCAUCAGCCGGUAGAUAGACCCAUCCGACUUUUCCAAUCAGACCUUGUGGAAUGGUGUUCAAAGACAGCAUGGUACAUUGUGUUGGCAGUUUGGACACCAGUUAUAGUAUAUUUAACAUGGUAUUGUCUCACAGAACUGGCUCGAGGGGAAACCAGACUGUUUGCUUCAUUUACCAAAGAAUACUCCAUUCCUGUUCCAAUGUUCUGCUUCUUCCCUCUCUUUCUUGUGGGAAUGUUGGUGUGGACACUUAUGGAAUAUGGAAUUCACAGAUAUAUAUUUCACAUGAACCCCCCAGCCAGCAACUACUUCCUCAUCACCCUGCAUUUUAUGCUUCAUGGACAACACCAUAAGGCUCCCUUUGACAGCUCACGUUUGGUUUUUCCUCCGGUCCCUGCUUCAUUUGUGAUCAUACCACUGUACCUCCUGCUACAGGUGGUUCUUCCCCAAGUAGUGGGACUCUCCCUGUUUGUCGGGGGGCUGUUUGGAUAUGUUGCAUAUGAUAUGACACACUACUACCUACACUACGGUUCACCCUCUAAAGGGUCUUACCUCGCCUGGCUCAAGUCUUAUCAUGUCCGACAUCACUUUGAGCACCAGAAGUCAGGAUUUGGCAUAACCAGCACCCUAUGGGAUCGUCCAUUUAAUACUCUCAUCCCUGAAGAUGCAAUAAAAGAUUACUAGUUGCUUCAGAGAAUCACUGUGUUGACUAUGAUGCCUGCUGACUACAGUUGACAUGUUGGGGGAGGAGAAAACCAUUGUAUUUCAGUCAUUAAAUAUUUUUUAAUUAUUUUUAGUUUUCUUUAGUUUUUUUUUCUUCCAUUGAUCCCAUGGGAGCUUUUCAGCAGGAAUUAAUUAUUUAUUUAAGCUUAAAAGAAAAAUCUGAGAAGUUCAGGGGGGAAUUAUAGCGACUGGUUACUGAGUGCCCGACCUCUUCCAGCUGUAACAGCGCUGUGUACGCCGGAUGAGACUUUGACUUGACCAUGAAAAAAAGAAUGGACUCCUGUUUAAAUACCAAAAUGGCACUGACAAUUAAAUAUGUUAACCAACCAUGUGAAAUACUUGCUGUAAAAUCCGUAAUAUGUACAAAUGCUUGAAAAAAUAAACUAAC